CGCCCUAAUCACAUUUACCCAACUCGUUUGUCAUUAAUGGGCUUAAUACAUGUACUGACCUCGCGAUGUCUCAAAGUACGUCUCACGCGACCGCAGCAGGGCAUCGUCGGAUUGCUCCAGGCCCUAUCUCCGAACCCAAUUCUACUGCCGCCCAGCGCCCAAACCGUCUACAAUCUCGACGGAUCGGCGUGAGUGUCGCCUGUGAAGCCUGUCGGAAACGCAAAAUACGAUGUAGUGGAAAUCGGCCGAAAUGUCUGUCAUGUAUACAAAAAUCGAUAGAAUGUCACUAUACAUCAGCCAACCCGACCGAAACGAAUUCAGCAGUACUGAAGCGGAAAUUCCGAGAGGCGAAAGAGAAGAGUAGCGAUUAUGAAGAAUUCUAUGAGGCAGUCCAAAAUAUGCCCGAAACUGACUCUCGGGCAAUCUUUCGCUUGAUCCGUCGCGGUGCGGAUAUCAAGGCCGUAAUGCGGCAGAUUAGGGAAGGAAGUCUUCUUCUUCAGUUGUCAUUAGUUCCUGAAACGCGACGUCGAUACGAGUUUCCAUUUGUCACCACAAUGCCAACAGCCCUCUUAACUGAUAACAAUUCAUAUCUCAGAUCUUUCAUCUACGAGUCAACCUUUCACGACGAAAACCGGCGGCAAUUGAAUCUGCCCUUAAACCCAAAUAGCAGAACGGGAUCGCCGCAAUACGUCUAUACGCAGCCUUAUCAUAGUGCUGAAAUUGUAAACACGCGACUCUCUACCGUUGACAUAUCACGCUGGACAGCGGUUACUUCCGAUAAUACGCUCAUGAGGACUUUGCUGCACUCUUAUUUUCUCCAUGAGUAUACUUCAUAUACGAUCUUUCAGAAAGAUAUUUUCAUCCAAGCCCUUACAGACGGCAAUGAGCAAUUCUGUUCUUCGCUUCUUGUGAACGCCCUCUUGGCUGAAGCAUCGCAUUGUUAUAUAGGUAUCCAAUAUCGCGAACAAUUUUGGAAUCCUGAGAACAUCGGCUAUCGCUUUCUAGCAGAAGCUAGGCGACUUUGGGAACUACAGUCCGAGAGCACAGAUCUUCCAACUCUACAAGCUGGAGUGAUUUUUAAUAUCAUAUAUGUCAAUAAUGGCAUAGACAAGCUAGGUUUGGCUUACCUAGACAGAGCAAUGAAGAUAGCGGAACAAUUGCAACUAUUUCAGGAUAAUAGCCAUAUCCAGAACAAAACUCUGAGACACGCAAGAGAUUUCACCGCAUGGUGCCUAUAUAAUUAUCAGACCAUAAUGGGAUAUUACUACUUCAAAUGUCCUGCUAUUCCAUACCCUCCCAUGUCAGCUCUACCAGACCCAGAUUCAGAACCAUCCUGGUACGGCGACUUCAUUCUAAAAUAUCCUGCCAAUAACACUUUCACCUCGUUCUAUUUCCCACAUUUCUUCCACGCAAUGUCAAGACUGAAAAUGUUUCUCAAUGCCAUUGCGACUGCAUUAUUCAAGCCAGAGAACAGUGAGAGAGUCCUACCAGCCAAAGUAAAGUCAGAUCUUCGAACCCAAAUGGAAUCUUGGUUGGCCUACCUGCCAGUACCAUUACGUCCCAGUAAUAUUGUUUUCCCAUCACAGUUAAAAUUGCACAUGGAAUACCAUUCUACCCUUUUUGCGCUGCUGCAAACACCUAUCGAAAACAAUGGUUCCUUUGCAUCAACUUCUAUAUAUAAUACAGGCGACAAUGAGUCAUUACAGGAGGCUAUUUCAGCAGCUAUGGUUCGGCUAGAAACCAUAGCUCGCAUCUACUACCUGAGGCACAGCUUCGAGUUUUGUGACACCUAUCUUACCUUUUAUCUUUCUACUCUAGGGUUUGCCGCGAUGGAGGGGCUAAAGGCUUCUACACUUGAUCAUGAACAUUUCAAGCACUUGAUGUCAACGAUAGUUCUUUGCGUAAAGGGUUUGUAUGAUCAAGGGCGACAUGUCCACGUAGCCUCCGCCGUAUAUCGGCUGCUACGUGAUCGUUUAUCACCCCAGGAUUUGAGGUUGUUGCAAGGAUAUGUCCAUUGGAACCUUUCAGAUGAUAACGAGCUCCUGAUUAUGGAGCAUGUCCAAUCUGAAUGGCCAAUACCUGUUGUUGGCCGAGAGAAAGAUCCGGAGGCGGCGACAUUGGAGAAUCUUGCACGAAGAUACAACAAAAUGUCGGUUAAUUCUUCUAGAGAGACAAGUGAAGAGAAUGAGUCAGAAACGAGAUGA